AUGGGGUCUUUAUCAAAGUUACUCACUAUACUCCUUGGCUUUGUCUUUGUUCAGGCCACUGUCAUUACUAACGACACCUCCAAUAUCGUCAGCUCGUCGUUCGAGUUCAUUAUCGUGGGCGGAGGGACAACUGGGUUAGCUAUUGCCAAUCGCCUUGCGGUGAACCACUCUGUUUUGGUGGUAGAACGAGGCCCAGACUUGGUCAAUGACGAGAUAGUAAACAAUCCAUACAUGUUUGCGGCUGGAACGCCAUCUCCAUGUCGAUUCUCGAUGAGCUCAACCCCACAAGUUGGCUUUCGUGGUACCCGUCGAUCCCUACCCUUAUUCUAUGGGAGCUGCCUUGGCGGAAGCUCUUCCAUCAACGGUAUGAUGGGGGCACGACCAACAUUUGCUAGUAUGAACGCAAUACAGGCACUUGGGAAUCCAGGAUGGGGUUGGAAUGAUUUUUUACCAUACAUGCAAAAAUCAGAGAGCUUCACUCCCCCCAACCCUUGGCAAAUGGAGAAAGGUGCAAACUACAUUGCUGCCGUUCAUGGAUACGAUGGUCCCGUUGGAGUCUCCUUUGCCCGCCCUCUCAAUGCCCCUGUGCUGCAAAGCAUUGCGAAGAACACGACCCAAACUGUUUUCGACGGAGAAGUAACAUUAAGUCCCGACAUGGGUGAUGGGUUUUCUGGAGGACACGUAUCGAGUUUUUAUUAUCAGAUUCAUUUCAACAAAACCUUGCAUUCCGACCGAAGAUCCUCUUCCGCUUGGUCCUACCUAUAUCCUCAAGCACAACAGCGUGCGAACCUCACGGUGCUCACAGGGCAUCGCGUAAACUCUGUACUGACGUCUGUGAGUGUGAGCGGUAACGUCACUGCCACUGGAGUUCUCGUAGAGCCGAGUGUAGGGGGCCGAAUAACCUUGUUCAAUGCCUCAAGGGAGGUCAUCAUUAGUGCCGGAGCACUUCAGUCUCCUGCCAUCCUACAGCGCAGCGGCAUUGGUAACGCCAUGGCUCUUCGAAACCUCCAAAUUGAACUGGUAAUGGAUCUCCCAGGUGUGGGAGCGAACUUACAGGACCAUGUUGGCCUAUACAACGCAUCUUUUCCUCUGGCACCUUCUGCAAAUACUACAACUAUCACUUCUUGGCCUAACAUACUUCCGGGAAUUGUAGUUACCCAUCCUACCACUCGAAACACUUUGGGACUGCAGGAUUCCAACGCCAUGGACAUCCUCUUACGAGGAAUCUCAACCGAAUAUACUGUCUCCGUCGGUGGAGUCGUAAAUUCAGAGUCCCUGGCGAGGCAAGCCGUUGUUAUAGCUGAGGCAUAUCAGAUUGACCAUCCUUUCAUAGAGCUCUUCUUCACGCCUGGCUCUGUAUCCCUUGCGGUUGCAGCCCAUACUAUCCUUCCGCUUUCUCGUGGAUCCAUCCACAUCAACACCACCGAUCCAUCCGCCGAUCCGAUAGCUGACAUGCAAUACCUCACAUCCGAGGUUGACAUCCGCGCUGCUGUUGCUGCCGCACGUAGAAUAUCUCUCAUUGCGGUAACACCUCCAUUCAGCGAUUUAAUCACUGAGGAUGCACUGCAUCAGUCGGGUGUCCCACUAGUAAAUGCAACUGAAGAGGAAGUGCGAAAGUGGGUCCUUGACACAUAUGUCUCUGACAUUCACUUUUUUGGGAGUAACUCGAUGAUGCCAAAGGAGCUAGGCGGUGUCGUUUCUCCUCAGCUCUUGGUUUACGGAACGACAAAUCUCCGGAUAGCUGAUGCCUCUAUCCUUCCAUUAAGUGUGUUUCCGCAUCCGACUUUAGGUUUGUAUGGAGUGGCGGAGAAGGCGGCGAGUAUGAUUUUGCAAGCAGCUGCCAUGAGAUGA